GCCCCCUACAUUUUCUGAUGAAAUCCUCUUCUGAAAAGUGGGCAGAGGAGUCGACCGAGCGUACAAGGCAACGCAACCAUGAUUGUAAAAAAACAGAAGUAUCGCAUUGAAGUAUUAUAACGAGCUUGUCUAUUUAGUUGAUAUCUAUUGAAUACUACAUUUCUCAUGCGGAUGCAUUCCAUGAUUUUAUUGUAAUGAAUUGUUGAGCUUCGUUGAAAGUCUCGGAUCAAGCUUUGCAUCUGCGCUGUCGCCGGGUGCUACGUGCGAGACUCUAACCAGCUUUUUCUCCAACCAAGACUAAAAUGGAUUGUAUAUUUUCGUGUAUACUGAAUUUCUCAACAUGCUAUGACUCGCCAAGUCUCUGCUCACUUUCUACAUUCACUACCCCUGUUUGUACGAUGCUUACCGCGCGUAAUAAGUCUAACCACCACUCGCAGGAAAAUGUCUCCCAUACCGCGGACAACAUGGACGAUGGUAUUCACUUGAACAGGAGAGCUAACCGGUAUGCUAUUGUUAGCCUUUCGGUGUAAGAAGAUGGAUAAGGGACAACAGUAAUGGAUGUUUCACCUGCAAUUAUGGACAGUGCUCUGGAGUGCACACCAAGUUAUUCUCAAAUGUGUCGCUAGCAACUUCCAGCGAAACGAACAGCUCUCAAAAUCAAGAUUUUACGUUAGCUAGCCCGGUAACAGCUGCUCAAACUAGCAUUAUUAGUACUAGUUAGCUAGAUAACUAACGUUGGUUCUUGUUAUCCUUUAUUGCCAGACUAAAGUUUGAUUGGCAUGUUUAUUUUGGCAGUCUAGUUAAUACACGAGUUAUUAAUAUAUUGUGAACUAGCUACUAUAUGUCAGCGUGUUAAAUUGUCCUACACGUGUACGUUAGCUAGCUAACUAACCAAAAAGCUUUCACAAACUUCCCAGCAGCAAGCUGUCAAGCGGUAUUCUUGAUCGAAACUUUACUAAUGUAUCUUGCAUAGUGACCAUUUGUUAGCCACAAGCCAGUAUUGAGAAUGUUUAGAAACAUUAAUCGCGAGGAACACUUUUCUGGUGUGAAGACGCCUCCAUCCACUCCCGCCGGGCAUGGAGUGGCCUCUCCCCGACAACCAAACCAGGAGCGCUCGUGGAUGGGCAUGUUCUCCGCGGUUUCUAGGCCUGCCCUGUCAUUUCUGCAAAAGUAUAUACCAUGGCGCCCUAGUACUCCUGCCAUGCCUCACAAUGUGACAGGGUGGGUCAGUGGGAAUUUCAAAGAUAACUUUGUAGAGGCAGAAAGCAAUUUUUUAGGACAACUGGACGACGUCUUGCCUGGAACUCAACACCAUGCACAUCAUCUAUCGUACCUGCAAUACCAGCAUGGUAGCCCUGGGCUAGCAGCGUCAGGUAAUAGUACUCCGAGUUGGUUGACAGCAGAUUCUCUUUACGAGUUAGGGAUUCAAAAUGCUGCUGAAAUGGACUUAAAUAUAAGGCAACAAACUUCGGUAGGAUACCUCGCAAUCGCGAGAGGUUUUCUCAGUCAUGUUUUGUUGAACGCAGCGUCGGCUCAGGAAAUGAAACACCCAGACCAAGGGCCUGUACUUGGUGGGAACGGUUGGUCAUCUGACGCAGUGUCAGCCAGAGAAAAUAGUACCGCUGGUAACUGGUGGGGUGGGCUUUGGGGAACCAGUAGCGUCCAAGGGUGGCUGUCAAAUUUGUCUUGGAGAAAAGAGGGCACUGGGGAAAACAACAGUAAUGGUCAUUGUUUUCAACCAGAGUGUUGUACAAAGGCUACGGUUACCAAGCCAACAGGGCUGUUUGUACAUUUCGAUGAUAAGGAAUCAAUGGAUGGCAAAAGCACUGGCGCCUCCUGCAACAAAGAGGAGCCAAAUGACAAUAGAAGCCUUCAAACAGCCACCUGGCCAGAGUCUCUCCCUUUCCCUGACAGUUUCUCAUUACAUCACUGGGAAACAGUCGGUAUCAGUGAUCAUCUUGUCAGAGUUGGAGCUGUCACUGCCUGCAGUGAGGUGGCAGUUUUUACCCCUGACCAGGAUAAUGGUUAUUCCAGUCUGGAAGAAGAACACUCCACCUCCAGACUGUACAUGUUAAGGCCUCCCAUUGAAGAGCUACAGGGGAUCACAGAGAUGAAGGAAGAGACCAUCACAUCUGACACACCAACACAGGGGAGCUCUGGAGAGAGUGGGCCAGAGAUGGAUGUAUCCAAUCAUAGAGAAGUGGGUGAGACUGCUGCCACUGGAGGGAUGGAAUUAGAGGAGGAGGAAGAGAUUGAGGACUCUGAGGAAGAGGAAACGGCAGCUGAGGGUCCACCAGUGUCUACCACCGCUCUGCCCCCCUCCACCCCCCAGUGCAGUAACAAGGCCAUCGCCUACAUCAUGGGCAGCCCCUGCAGCGACGACAGCCAAUCAGACGACUCACUCAGCGAGGAGGAUGACGAUGGUUUUGACAGCGAGGGCUCGUCAGAAUUCUCCAAUUCCGAGUUGUUGGAUGACGAUGAAGAGGAGGAUGACUCUGAGACUGAGAGACUGUGGAACUCACUGUGCCAAAGCAGGGACCCCUACAACCCCCAAAACUUCACCGCCCUCAUUACCAACCCCAGGACCAUCCCCUCCACCUCUACAGCCACCACAGCCUGCUCCCCUCACACCUCACCCCCAGAGCAACCUCCCUCUCCCCUCUCCUCUUCUUCCCCCUCUCCUGCGGAGGAGUUUGGCUCGGAGUCCAGCAGCAGUGAGGUGGAUGAGGCUGAGAGCCUGAGGCUGUGGGACGCCUUCAGUACCUCCUCAGACCCCUACAGCCCAUUCAACUUUCAGGCCCUGCUCAGGACUAGAGAGCCAGUCAGGGUAAAAGCCGGGACAGGGGCGCGCUGUAAGAAGAGCAGCAAGACAACCCCCCGUCAUGGACAGGGACAGAGCCACUCACCCCCCCAGUACAGGAAGGAGGAGGCAGAGGAGAGACUGGACAGUGGCUUCUCAGAGAUCCCUCCCAACCCAGAGAUCACCACUACGGGCUGCGUCACAGUCAAAAAGGUGGGUUUCUGUGAUGAGGUGGAUGAGUUCUACGCCAGCGAGGACGAUGAGGACAGGCGUGGGCCGUGGGAGGAGCUAGCCAGAGACCGCUGUCGCUUCCUCCGCCGUGUUCAGGAGGUGGAGGAGAGCAUCGGCUAUGUGUUCAGCUCCACCUUCCGCCUCACCGUCUGCCAGAGACAACACCACAGCUGACCCCUAACCUCUGACCCCUACAACACAAUUGAUCGUAAAUCCUGUUUCUCUGUGACCCUCUAACACCCCUCCCUGUCCCUAAAUCCUAUUUUCAACAGACUGCAUCAGAACUUCUUAGUCAUCCCCCCUACCCAGUGAUCCUCCCCCAACUCCCAAACCUUCAGACUGGAUGUGCAGAAAUAACCACUUCAGAGCUGUUGACUAGACCAGUGGUUUCCAGACUGUGGGUCGGGACCAGUGGUUUCCAGACUGUGGGUCGGGACCAGUGGUUUCCAGACUGUGGGUCGGGACCAGUGGUUUCCAGACUGUGGGUCGGGACCAGUGGUUUCCAGACUGUGGGUCGGGACCAGUGGUUUCCAGACUGUGGGUCGGGACCAGUGGUUUCCAGACUGUGGGUCGGGACCAGUGGUUUCCAGACUGUUGGGUCGGGACCAGUGGUUUCCAGACUGUUGGGUCGGGACCAGUGGUUUCCAGACUGUUGGGUCGGGACCAGUGGUUUCCAGACUGUUGGGUCGGGACCAGUGGUUUCCAGACUGUUGACUCGGGACCAGUGGUUUCCAGACUGUUGACUAAACCAGGGGUUUCCAGACUGUUGACUAGACCAGGGGUUUCCAGACUGUUGACUAGACCAGGGGUUACCAGACUGUUGACUAGACCAGGGGUUACCAGACUGUUGACUAGACCAGUGGUUUCCAGACUGUUGACUAGACCAGUGGUUUCCAGACUGUUGACUAGACCAGUGGUUUCCAGACUGUUGACUAGACCAGGGGUUUCCAGACUGUUGACUAGACCAGGGGUUUCCAGACUGUUGACUAGACCAGGGGUUUCCAGACUGUUGACUAGACCAGGGGUUUCCAGACUGUUGACUAGACCAGGGGUUUCCAGACUGUUGACUAGACCAGGGGUUUCCAGACUGUUGACUAGACCAGUGGUUUCCAGACUGUUGACUAGACCAGUGGUUUGCAGACUGUGGGUCGGGACCAGUGGUUCAGGUGGGUUGCUUGUGCGUUACAAAACAUAGAUAUACUUUUUUAAUGCAUUUUUGGGAUGGAAAAAAGCGUUCUUCGUAAACUGAAUCAUCUAAAUAGAGAGUGUGUACAAAAGACAAUGGACCUGUAUAUUUUUCCUCAUAAAAAUGGCUUAAAAUAUCAUUUUUAAUUUCAGCUUCAGUAAAAAAUGUGUAGACUUACAGGAAAUACGCUUUAAAUCUGCAACAUUUUUACUUUGUUCUGUGCAUGUUUUUUUUUUCACCUCAAUUUAUGGAAGUAAAACGUUUGGGAACCCAUGGACUAGAAGACAUCCCCUCACACCUCUCUCUCCUGACCCCUUACUGUCAGUCUGGGGUGUUGAAGACUUGAUAAUACAGAUUUUUCUUCCUGCCUGCUUCCUGAUCGUUUGCUGUUUUGUUUGAAUCUCAGUGGAGUGAUUACCUAAUAUAGGAUAUGAUUAAGGGUGACUGCAUAUUGCUAACUAGGAGGUAUACAGGUAAUGUAAAGGUAGAAGGGCUUACUGGUUCCAGUGGGACAAACACAGUCUAACACAGAGCAGCUAUUCUGCUGAGCCGUGUGCUCAGUAACCUGACUGGAAAACAGAACUCUACACAAGACACUUCAGCCAAAAGUGUAUUUUAUAUUUAAUUUUAAAAUUGGUUUUAUUAAUUUGUCCCGUUGAUUUAAACUGCGCUUUUGGCGUUGCUCCGUCCUUCUCUCUGACGCAUCCAUCUGGGUCUCUGCUCUCAGUAGUGUUCAGUUUCAUGUCAUUGUGAUCUGAACCCAGGUCAGUAUUUAAGGGGUUCGGUAUAAUCCUACUCGGCACCCACAGCCAAAUGUCACACUGCUCUCCGGAGCAGGAUUGGGGUUUAAGAGCUUUUGGAAAGCAAACUUGGUUUUGAAUGAGUUUAUUCUUUCCUUUUUAUAAAUGUUAUCUUCCUGUAAACCAUGCCAUGCAGAGUACACACUAACAUUGACAGUGUUCUAUUUGAUCCUAAGCAGGGGUUGUAAACCUACAGUAUGAAGUGUAAAACACUCCUCAACUGUAUUGGUGGUUAGUGUUAAAACCAAGCCUGUGUUGUAGUAGUGUCUUCCUGGUUUCAAUAAUUUCGCAGGACCAAGUUUGGGAAAGCCUGAUUGAGCAGUCGCUCUUAUUGAGAGUGACUUACAGGUAUUUAUUGCCAAACAAGCAGGUAUUUCUAGUGAACAGUCAGUAGAACUCCUCUGACUCUUUCUGGGCUGAAGUGAAGGCUAUAAGGGUUAAGUGGAAGUAUGUGCAUGAUCCUUGUCUUAAAUGGCCUCCUUUCCUCUUAUCUACUUCUCUCAUGGUGGUUCCUAGAAUAAACAAUUGCUUUAAUCUAUCUACUUCCCUCACGGUGGUUCCUAGAAUAAACAAUUGCUUUAAUCUAUCUACAAUUUGCACCAAUAGACCUUCAAUAAUGCUUUCUCAAAUGUAAAGCUUGCAUCCAUCAAUGGUUAUCUUGGAAAGGAGAUGUGUUAAGGAAGCCCUUCUCUAGCUAUAACACAUCUUAAGUGCUUUUCGUGAGACCCAAAGUCACUGAACUUAAACCUCUUACCCUUACUAUUUAACCCUGUGACGCUUCUACGGACCCAGUGUUGUGUAUCUAUUGUUGAGGGGUUAGUGUCCCUACUGUGGAUAAAGGGUUAACCUCUUGUGACCAGGUGGGGGAAAAGCAGGGAUGUGAAACGCACGUUAUUCUGAAGUGAUUCUCAGAAUGAAAAAAAUACAAUAUGAAAGCUGUGCUCGGAUCUGAAGAAUAUAACUCUUUAACUUGGUGUUAUUUUAGUCAAUACAAUUAACAUGAAAUUGUUUUAUUUUUGUAAAAUUUAGAAUAAGUUAGUUGCGCUGCAUAACUUAUACAUUUUGAAUCCAUAUUCAUUGAAAAUAAAUCAAUAUUGAAUUAUGAA